AUGGGUUGUUGCAAAUCUGUUGGAUCCUCUGAUCCAUUUCUUGAAGUCUUCUCUCGACUUCCAUAUCUCUGUUGGUGUGCACCUCAGAGCACAGAGGAGAUCGCCAGUUGGGGGUUGAAUCAUGCCCCGACCAAGGACUCGAAGACCACCAUCUCCCUGGCUCUUGGAUAUGAUCCACCAUCAGUCAUUGGGUUUGAUUCGUCAGUUGUGAUGCCGACAGAGGGCCUUGCUGAUCAUAAGGCUAGGGUCCGACGUCUUUUCUCGAACAUCGACUUCAACUUGCUGGAUGCGGACGACAAGGACAGUGAAGAUGGAGAUGAGACUGAGGAGGUGGUGGCGGUGCCUGAACUGAUUCAGGAUAUUUUCACAGCAGGCUCCGAUUCAUCAGCCGCCACGGUGGAAUGGGCGCUAGCUGAGCUCAUCAACCAUCCUCACAUGCUAAGGAAAUUGAGGGAAGAGAUCGACAAAGUUGUCGGCAAGGACAGGGUUGUCCAAGAGUGUGACAUCCCGAAUCUACCAUAUCUUCAAGCUGUCGUCAAAGAGACUCUAAGGCUCCACCCUGCGGCGCCAUUGGCCACGAGGGUAUCGGACAAGGAAGUGAAGGUGGGAGGCUACAAGAUUCCAGCCAACACGAGCCUCUUCGUCAACGUGUGGUCGAUCGGAAGAGAUCCCAACUACUGGAAGGACCCGCUCGAGUUCCGGCCGGAGAGGUUCACGGCGGCCGGAGAGGAUGGGCUCGGCUCGAUCGACUUCAGAGGGCAGCAUUUCGAGCUGGUGCCGUUCGGGAGCGGAAGGAGGGUGUGCCCGGGGAUCUCGCUGGCUUUGCAGGUGAUACAACUGACGUUGGCUGCCUUAGUUCAGUGCUUUCACUGGAAAGUUGGGGGUAAAGAAGAAGAGAUGAGUGGAGGGUUGGACAUGAAAGAAGGUAUUGGCAUGGUGAUCCUUAGGGCUCAGCCGUUGGUGUGUGUUCCUGUCGCACGCUUGGACCCCUUCCCACUGCUCGAUCCAUGAAAGCUAUUUCCCAUGGUAUGCUAAUAAUUAAGGAAGCAAAUAUUUGUCUGUUCCAGUAGCUAUAAGUUGUGUACUCCGGUGGUUAUGUCAUAUCCACUAGAGAAGAAUAACAGACAAGCAUUUAUUUUAUUCGAGUGGUUUUGUCUAUUCCAGGGCCUAUUUAGAACUGGAACAAGUAUGGGAGUGCUGGAUUCAUUUUCUAUAUAUUUAGAUGUACAAAGGACAUAAGUGGUGAGAGCUUGCUAUCAUCUCAGGUGUGCCCCACCAUGAACUCCAA